AUACUUUCAUAAAUUUCGACCGUAUCGUAGCAGCAACCAACAACAUUUAAAUAGAAAGCCUAAACAGCAAUCGUAGAUUUAUUAUAAUCUCAGUGAAAGUGUUACAAAGCAGUUUGAUUAUGAUGUUUUUCUAGCAAUUCAACUGAAAAUGAGUGUAGAUUCUUCCUGCAUUAUUAUGCCCGAAUAUUGCCGAUGUUGUUUUGUUGAAGACAACGAUAUGAUUUAUGUGUUUGAUGUUCUGGAUGAAUUCGACAGCAAAAUCUCCAAUUUAAUUAACGAAUGUGGUGGAAUUGCGAUAACAAAUGAUGAUACCUAUUCUAAGAACAUAUGUGGCGAUUGCCUCAACAAUUUGGCCAACGCUGCCCGUUUCCGACACCAAUGCCAAAGAACGCAAAAGAUGUUUCGAGACGCAGAGCAUAAAACAAAUAUGCUGCUGAAUACAGUACAAGAAAAUCCACAAACUUUUGCACAAGUUGAACAAGUAGUACUGCAAGAAAUAGAUGAGCAAAAUAUAGAAAAUGAAGCAGUAAUACAAUAUAUCAUAGAAGAAACCUCAAAUGACACCGAACUUCAGGAUUUCGACUAUGAUAAUUUAAUCAGCAGCCAGAACAGUGAGCUCGAGGAAGUGGAAAUCGAACAACUGUUUAAAGAAUCUGAUGGUUUGACCGACUUCACUUCACAACCAGACAGCUUUGAAACCAAACCUUCAGUUCAUGCGGAUACGAUGAAGCUAAAUUUUAUAUGCCCGCAAUGUGGAGCAGCUUUUGCACUGCAGAAAAACUAUGUCAGGCAUGUUACCAAUCAUGAGAAGUUAAUUUGUGAUGUUUGCCUAGAAGUAUCCGAAAGAGAAGAAGAUCAUGAACUGCACAAACUGGUACACCUGCCAUAUAAGACUGCUGAAAUGCAUUCAACUGGGAAGCUGACAGGAAAUAACACAGAAGAACGCGGCGUUUUCAAGGGACGGCAUACCUGCUCAUACUGUCAGCGAUCAUUUGCGUCUAAUUCAGCCCUUACCUCGCACGUUCGUGUGCAUACCCAGGAACGACCGUAUCCCUGCAGCUACUGUAGCAAACGAUUCCGCACAGUUGGUGGCCACGAAUUGCACGAAAGACGCCACCGCGGUAUUAAACCUUACUGUUGUGACGUCUGUGGCAGAGGAUUUGCUGAAAGUAGCAAUUUAAAGGUUCACCGUCGCACUCACACCAAGGAGAAGCCUCAUGUAUGUACCAUUUGCAAUCGUGCUUUCGCAAGAGUAUUUCUACUCCAAACUCAUCAACGUAUUCAUACAGAGGAGCGUCCAUUUUCUUGCCCAGAAUGCGGUAAAUCGUUUCGACAGCAAGGGGAUCUGAGCGCUCAUCGACGUAUACAUAGCGGCGAUCGACCGUUCAGGUGCGAUAUCUGUAGCAAAGGAUUUAUCAAAAGCAGUGGUUAUACCCAACAUAUGAGAAAGCAUAGCAAGCAAAUGCAUAAAUUUACUUCAGAUACUGGUUGGGAAAACGUUGAAGAUUUAAUCGAGUACGAAUAUGGAAUUGAAGUAGAAUCAGGAGACCGAAGUAAUACUGAAGUUGUUGUUGAUGGUUAAAAUAAUUAAAAUAAAAUGUAUUAUUUCGGUACGUUCUAGUCAAUGAUAAACAUUAUUUAACUGUUGUUAUAGCAAGAAUGUGCAUAUUACUGCGCGAAUAAAAAUCAAAGAGUAUAC